AUGUUACUCAAUCGAAGGGAAUUAUUAAAAAUAACAAGUUUGCAAAGAGAACAAUCAAAAGUCAGGAUUAUGGUGUAGGCAGGCAUCCCACUUUUCUUAGAUAUAUGAACGAAUCUGAGCAAACCUAUAAAGCCAGGAUUCAACCAAAAUUGAUGUUGCAGAUCACAUGAAAGGAGGCUGUCACCAAAUGCAUGCACGUGCAAAUGCAUACAAAAUGUUCAUGACAGCAGGCCGGGAUUUUAACUUCUGUCACGUUGCUUCUUCGAAAGCCAGAAAGGGUCUAUCAACUGUGCCUCCAGAGCCCAAAACAAUAAAACCCCUGGGAUUACUGUUAGAAAUGAAGUGAUCCUAUUUUCACACACCUUAUGAAUUACAUCAUUAUCGACUUACGGUCUCAGACGUUAAGUUUCCUGGUAAAAGACAUGAACUUACACUAGUAUUAAUAAAUGUGGGAAACGGUCUGUCCGCCUUCAGUGAGCCACACAAUCAUCAUGGAAUAAUGCAGGCAUACGUGGUUGAGAAAUUGACAAAUCAUAGCCAACAUUCCCUCCCUUAUAACAUCAACCUUGAUUGAUCUCCUUCGAUUUCUUUCAACAGUUUCUGCAAUUAAAAAAAACCCCACUGAAGUGAGCAGCGCACCAACCAAGUUGACCAUCUGUCUCUUCCAGCCACAGACUUUCUUCUCACAUUUAUUCUAACUCUACCCUGCUUUUAUUUCAUAAAUCUCUUCACCAAUAUAACCAGUAAGAAACUCAGUAACAUGUCUGCCGGAAGAGCAUCACUAUGAAGAAGUCUCUUCAAAUGGCUCAGCCACGAAGUCCUGGUGGGAGUGAUGCCGGUGGCAGUGAUCAUCAAGCUUAUGAUCAAAGCAUCAUAGUUCCAAACAAACUCAUCACUGUAGCUGAUAGCCUCGAAAGGAAGGAACUUUCAUGGUUUGCCACGUCUCAAAUCCCCACAGAUUUAGCAAUCCAAGUUCAAGAAGCAAUCUUUAAUGUUCACAAGUAUCCCUUGGUAUCAAAAAGUGGCUACUUAGGGCAGCUGGAACUUCAGCCUUCAAUCUCAAACUUUGGGUAUGAUCUCAAGCUUGAAAAUUUUCCAGGUGGAUCAGAAACGUUUGAGAUCAUUCUAAAAUUUUGUUAUGGUCUCCCAGUAGACUUAAACCCCAACAACAUAGCUGCACUAAGAUGUGCAUCAGAAUAUCUAGAGAUGACAGAAGAAUUUGAAGAUGGAAAUCUCAUAGCCAAGACAGAAGCUUUUCUCACAUUUGUAGUCCUGGCAUCUUGGAAAGACACUAUUACUGUCCUCAAAUCUUGUGAAACCCUAUCCCCGUGGGCAGAAAACCUCCAGAUUGUCAGAAGAUGCUGUGACUCGAUAGCUUAUAAGGCUUCAAGAGAGAACUCAUCAACUGGAGAUAUAGUUAGUGAAGAAACCUGGUGGUUCAGUGACGUGGCUACCCUUCGCAUUGAUCAUUUCAUGAGGAUUAUGACAGCAAUUAAAGCAAAAGGAACAAAAGCAGAGAUCAUAGGCAAAUGCAUAAUGAAUUAUGCAGACAACUGGCUUCCAGACAUGGAUGAGGAAUUGGAAGGACUGAGAGGAUAUGGACUUGGGAAGAGUGAGUUGCAGUUCAGUAUUUUGAGAAGAAAGGAAGAAGAGGGUGCCGGACAAAACAAGGAGCAAAAAACAAUUAUUGAAAGCCUAGUAAGCAUACUUCCUUCUCAACAUGGAGCUGUUUCAUGUAAGUUCUUGUUGCAAAUGUUGAAAACAGCCAUGGUGUAUUCUGCAUCACCUGCUCUGAUAUCAGAUCUUGAAAAGAGAGUUGGAAUGAUGCUGGAAGAUGCCAGCGUAAAUGAUCUACUGAUCCCUAAUUAUAAAAAUGAAGAUCAGGGAAUAAUGGUAAAUUCACCUGAACAGCGAACAAUGCACAAUGUAGAGGUGGUGCAAAGGAUUUUGGACUAUUUUUUGAUGCAUGAACAACGGCAGCAGCAACAGCAGCAAAAAAUAGGGAAAACAAAUGUUAGUAAGCUAUUGGACAAUUACUUAGCAGAAAUAGCCAGGGAUCCGUAUCUUUCCAUCACAAAAUUUCAAGUUCUUGCCGAAUCCUUGCCAGAAAAUGCUCGAUCUUGUGAUGAUGGUCUCUACAGAGCCAUUGAUACCUAUCUCAAGACUCAUCCCUCACUAUCUGAGCAUGACCGGAGAAGGUUAUGCAAAAUAAUGAACAGUGAAAAACUAUCAUUUGAUGCAUGCAUGCAUGCUGCACAAAAUGAUCGGUUGCCCCUACGAACUAUUGUCCAGGUUUUAUUUUUGGAGCAAGCAAAGAUGAGGAUGGCAACGCAAGGAAAGGAAACAUUAACAAGAGAAGAAAAUUCCGAACAAGAGGAACACCGACAAUCCACAAACACAGAGAUAAAGAACCUCAAAUCAGAACUCGAGAAUGUAAAGACAAAGAUGACAGAACUACAAAAUGACUACUCUGACCUGCAACAAGAGUACGAAAAGAUAAGCAACAAGCACAAGAAUGCAUCCGGUUGGAGUUUGAAUUGGAGGAAGAUUAAGAACUCUUUCCACGUGAAGCCAGAAAAUGAUGACAAUGGAGAUGGACAGCAGAGAUCAAAUCCAGCUAGCUUCAGACUCAGCUUUAGACGUAGGCAAUCAGCAUCAUAAAUUUGUCAGCAGUAAGAAUCCUGUAAUCUCAAUGCUCAACCCAGCCAAUAGCCUCAACAGCAUUAUGCGCAUUGUCUUUCCAUUUUUGACUAGUUUAUUCCACAAGGUUUAGAUUGAAUGUUAAAUUAAUACCACAUCUUGCCAUAUAGAACAUCCCUGCAUCUCUCUCUUACAAAGGAAAGAUGCAAUGAACAUGUUCAUAAUGGAAAGGGGACUGUAAUCCCAGUCAUGUAAAUCUCAACAGUCUGUUAUUAGACCAUAAAAAUUGUUCAUAAAGGAAAGCGAGUUAUGAUCUCUAUCAUGUAAGUCUCAAAGGUUCUGCUGUUAUCAGACCAUAGCACAUGUUCAUAAUGGAAAAGGAUCUGUCAUUUCAGCCAUGUAAAUUUCAAUUCUAAACAUAGUCUUUCUUACUAA